AUGGGGAACCCGGAUGCGCGCAAAGAGCUCUUUGAGAAGAUUUCCACUCUUUCCCGUAUUCUUGUCGAUCUUGACAGUGUGGAUACUGAAAGUGAAGCCGCCAGAGAAGGUGUUCGUGCAGCCCGGGAUGCACUGCUUUCUAUGAUGGCCUCUCCGAAGGCCCUGAUGAACACGACCUCUGCGGAGGAGACAACCCCACCUCCCCCGGUUGUUGUCCUCGAUGGGACUGUCGCAGGUAGUCAGGAGAACCAGGCUACAAUAUUGGAUGUUUCCACUGAAGAUGAGCCAGUACAUCCAGCCCUACGAGGUCUGAGCUGGUCAUUCCUCGACCCAAUCCAAGGUGAGCCUGCACCCACUUCCGAACCCGACGAAGGGCUUGAGAUUUUACUGGGUUAUCUCGACGAGAAACAUCCCGAUACAGACGAUCCCGACAGUGUGUCUUUGUUCUCUAUCGGAGACCGAUCCCACUGUACACUGGGAAUGGGACCAUCUGGAGCUCAAGAUCACCAGCCCACUAUAUCGAUUGAGCACGUCUCUAAUAUGGUUCCAGCCGUCGAGCCUAUUUCUCCUUCUCCUCCGCCUGCCUUUGAACAAGGCGUUGAUCAAGGUCUAGGAGGUGAUUCGAGUGCCGAGGCAUUUGAAGCAGCCAAUCUUUCCUUCAAUCUCCUUAACAAUUCCGGCGGCGAUGCCGCUGAGGGCUUCGGCAGCCUUAAUAACGACUGGAUAAACACUGCCCUCGAUCUCCCUUUCGAUCCCGAUAAUACUGAACAUUUGGGGCUGUACGGAUGUGUCAAUCUUGAGCUUACUCAAAGUGAGAUUGAAGCCAUCCUGGAUGAGGCUAUCGCAUAUUCUAAUCAUGCUCUUGGUCCCCUUCCUGGCAGUGCUUCCGCACCUGCUAGUGAGCCUUUUGUUCCCGGAUUGGUGCAGACUCAUUCACCCAACAGUUUCACAAUCCACAAUGGCUUCGACGACGACGAGAUGAUUAACAGGAACAACCUCGUUGUCGGCCCUGGGCUCACCGGUAACACCCCUGGAUUUAGUUACAAUACCGUCCGGAAUGCUCCGGGAUCGAUUCCCAAUUUUCAGACUCCCGGCAACACGGCUCAUGAUCCUAUUGUUCUCGAUCUCGAUGAUCAUCAGCCAGUCAACAACCGUCUUCAAGCCUCUCCCGCUAAUCGUCGCGGCAGACCAUAUGCCAACUCAAUGAGCAUCAACGGCCGCUCAAUCACAUUACCCCGCGGCCGCAGUCACGCCAUCAGCCCCACCACCGCCAGCCGCACCCACUCCUGGACCGCCCAACGUCCACCCUAUUCAGCCCCCAGGAUUCCGUCUACCAUCUUGCCGCAGUAUGUCGCCACCACCACAAGAGACUAUUCGUUGGAGGGGCGGCUCGCAGCGAGAAUGCGCAGAAGGCAGAUGGAAAUGCACAUUGAGAGGAUUGAUGAGGAGAACAGGAGUCGGCAGGGCUAG